GGAAAACAUAAGGAGAAGGUGCCGGGUCCUUGGGGAGAGGAGCAAAAGCGAGCCUGCACAGCCGCGUACCGAGCCUCAGCACAAUGUCCAGGGACUCUCACAGCCGGACCCAUUGCACCCAGGUCCUGGAUGCUUCAGUUCCUAACCCAGCGGGAGCACACACUCACCUGAUCCGGGCAGGGAACGCUGAAAGGCGGCACACGAUCCCAAUCGAACCGCUGGGAGAGACGGAGGGCGAUAGAAACUUCUUCCGGGCAGACUUAUGGCAAAGGUCUGGCUCUGACCAGCCUGCUGUGACUCGUGACACUUUCCGCCAAUAUCUCCGACAACGCCCUGACCAGACGGUGCUGAUCCUGCAUGCGAAGGUUGCUCAGAAAUCAUAUGGGAAUGAAAAGAGGUUUUUCUGUCCACCACCAUCUGUCUAUCUAACUGGUCCAGGAUGGAGACUCAAACAUGAGCAACUGCAAUUGUGUGGUCUCAAUGAAUCCAGCUGUAGACCCUGUGGGUACAUGGGGUUGGAUGGCAUUACCAACAGUCAAGAAGCUGCACUGAAGAUAAACUUUGAAGAACAACCGGAUUCCAAGAAAUUCGGCUGUGCUAAAGCACUGUACAUAUCUGAUGCUGACAAACGCAAACACUUUCGGAUUGUUUUAAGUCUCUUCCUCGGGACUGGCCAAGAGGUUGGCACCUUCUACAGUAAAUUCAUUAAAGUUAUUUCAAAGCCAUCCCAGAAGAAGCACUCCAUUAAGAAUGCAGACUUAUGUAUCUCCUCAGGCUCCAAGGUGGCUUUGUUCAAUCGUCUGCGAUCUCAAACAGUCAGUACACGGUACCUGUGUGUAGAGGGAGAGGAGUUCAUUGCUAGUGCCAGGCACUGGGCAGCUUUCACUUUGCAUCUGGCAGAGAAUGACCAUUGUCCAAGGAGUGAUUUCUGUCCUGGGGAUGGAUACAUCCGAUAUGGAUCAGCUGUCAAAUUAGUGUGCACUACGUCAGGAAUCUCCUUACCGAGCAUGAUCAUUCGAAAGGUGAAUAAGCAGUAUGCCGUGCUGGACGUGGAUGAACCUGUCUCUCAACUUCACAAGUGUGCCUUUCACAUCAAGGACACCAACAGGAUGUAUCUGUGUCUCUCCAAUGAGAACAUCAUACAGUUCCAGGCCACCCCUUGCUCCAAGGAUGUCAACAGGGAAGUAUUGAAUGAUGGCGCUUGCUGGACAAUUAUUGGCACUGAGACUGUAGAAUACACAUUUAGUGAGAGCCUGGCGCAGCUUCACAUUCCUGUCACUCCUAUUCCCAUCAUCAAUAGCCUGGAGCUGAAUGGAGGAGGUGAUAUAGCAAUGUUAGAAGUACAAGGGGAAUGCUUCAGCCCAAAUUUGAAAGUGUGGUUUGGUGAUGUGGAGGCAGAAACUAUGUACAGGAAUCCCAAAUCAGUGAUCUGUGUGGUGCCCGAUAUCUGUGCAUACAGCAGUGAGUGGCGUUGGCUUCGACAGCCCAUCACAGUUCCCCUCUCUCUGAUGAGAAGUGAUGGAAUUAUCUUCUCCAGCACCUUCACCUUCACCUACACCCCGGAACAAGGCUGCCUCCCCAGGCAGACGGUGGUCCGAGAGAUCCCAGAGGAGUCUGACAACUUCCUGAACACCAUCCAUCAGGAGUUCACACGCACCAACUUCCACCUCUUCAUGCAGAACUAAGAGCCAACAAAAUACCAGUCCAGAGAUAGUAGGAACUGCUGAUGCUGGAGAACCUGAGAUAACAAGGUGUAGAGCUGGAUGAACACAGCAGGCCAAGCAGCAUCAAGGGAGCAGGAAAGCUGACAUUUUGGGUCUGGACUCUUCUUCAGACUCGAAAUGUCUGCCUUCCUGCUCCUCUGAUUGUUCAUCCAGUUCUACACCUUGUUCUCUCAGAAACACCAAUCCUCUUGCUGCCUACAUGCUAAUAUCUAUCAACAUCUGUUCACCUCUGUGCAUGCUGAUUUACAAAGGCUCAUGCUUCAGCUAUCCUAGAUUUUAACAUUCUCAUCAUUGUUUUUUAUUAAUGUGGCUUCUUGUGACUCCAUCCUCUCUUCACUCCACUUUACUCUACCAGCUUACAGUGGAAAUAACCAGCUUACAGUGGGGAAUGCUCAAGGGACUUAAUUAAAUCAAAUUAAUGUAU